AUGGUGCUGUGCAUUGCCAGCAAGUACUUUUUCUAUGCGGCUAUCAUGGGAAAUGUUGACCAUGUGCGGUAUUUGGUUCAGUACUCUGGGGAGAAGCUUGAUCCCAAUGCUGAGGGACAGAAGUAUGAACGGGGAGCGUUUUCAAUUGCGGCUUCGGCAGAGCGGCUGCAAGUUGUACAAUUUCUACUAGGGUGGGAGGCUACAGAUCCCAAUUUGCAGACGCAUUGGAAAAGGCAGACGCCUUUAUUUGUUGCUGCGGAAAAUGGACACGAGCAGAUCGUGAGGUUAUUGGUUGGAUGUGAGAGGGUUGGGUUAGAGAUUGCUGAUAUGCGUGGGACUACGCCGUUGGGGGUUGCGACGGAAAGAAACCACGAGGGGAUCGUUAGGCGGUUAUUGACUGGGUCUAGACGGGCUGAACCGAAUGCUCGUGAUGAGAACGGUUAG